CACACUUCAGUACUCUCUCUCUCCUCUUCUCUCUCUCUUUAUCAACACCGCUUUUUCUCUUUUCUCACCGGCGGCACGCGUCUCUGUCUGCGCUCUGGCUUCCGUACAGUGCAGGAUGAACAACCACAGACUCCGGAGACAGAAAACAAACGAGAAAACAAGGAACUAAAGGAGGAACGCAAAGGUUAACCGAGCAGGCUGAGGGAAGAUACUUUAGGAAGCGUUUGGAUUUUACCCAUUUUAAGCCUUUCUAUCUGCACCUCCAUCUCUUUCUAUCGUUGGAUAAGGAAUCAAGUGCCAGGUGAUGCAUCUACUACCUGGGUGACUUGAUUCAAAGCUUCAAGCGAGGGGAGCGGUAGAGCACCAGGGUCAGCCCCUGACCUUUCCUCAACCCUCGACCGGCUUCACGCUCCAGCUCGUGAGCCCUGGAUCUCUCUCACCUCUGGAUCUUGACGCGGGAACAGCGCCGGAACGGACCGCCCAAUGCUGAGGAGGAACUGUCUUCUGCUGGUCCUGUGCUUCUUCUUCGAGCAGAGCUCCUGCGCUCCAUUCCAGAGCGGGCCGGGGCAGGAGUGGUCCCGCGGUUUGGCGGGGCCGUCGGCGGGGGGGAGGAAUGGAGGUUCCAGGGGAUUCCAGAGGGUCAAGAGAGGCUGGGUGUGGAACCAGUUCUUCGUGCUGGAGGAGUACAUGGGCUCGGACCCUCAGUAUGUGGGAAAGUUACACACUGACCUGGAUAAAGGAGAGAGCGUGGUGAAAUACACCCUCUCAGGCGAGGGCGCUGGAACCAUCUUCACCAUCGACCAGACCACCGGAGACAUACACGCUCUGCGCAGUCUGGACCGCGAGGAGAAGCCAUACUACACGCUACGAGCCCAGGCUGUGGAUCUCGACACCAACCGGCCGCUGGAACCAGAGUCAGAAUUUAUCAUCAAGGUGCAGGACAUCAACGACAAUGAGCCAAAGUUCCUGGAGGGGCCGUAUAUGGCCAGCGUACCCGAGAUGUCGCCUGUGGGCACCUACGUCAUGAAGGUCACAGCGACAGAUGCAGACGACCCCACAUACGGCAACAGCGCCAGGGUGGUGUACAGCAUACUACACGGGCAGCCGUACUUCUCCGUGGAUCCUAAGACAGGAGUGAUCAGGACAGCUCUACCCAACAUGGACCGGGAGGUGAAAGAGCUUUAUCAAGUUCUCAUCCAGGCCAAAGACAUGGGCGGUCAGUUAGGGGGUCUUGCAGGGACCACCACCAUCAACAUCACCCUGAGUGAUGUCAACGACAACCCACCACGGUUCUCUAAAAGUAUCUUCCACCUGCGUGUACCAGAGUCUUCAGCAAUCGGCUCUGCAGUGGGCCGAAUCAAAGCUCAUGACCUCGACAUCGGAAAGAACGCUGAGGUGGAAUACAACAUUGUCCCUGGGGACGGAGGGAACAUGUUUGACAUCACCACCAAUGAACACAAUCAGGAGGGAAUAAUCAUGCUGAAAAAACCUCUGGACUAUGAGACAAAGAAAGCCUAUACAUUUAAAGUGGAGGCUUCCAAUGCACACAUGGACCCACGGUUCCACAGCUUUGGCCCGUUUAAAGACACUGCGACAGUGAAAAUAAACAUUCUGGAUGUGGAUGAGCCUCCUGUCUUCAGCAAACCCACCUACACUAUGGAUGUUUAUGAGGACACACCACAAGGCACCAUUAUAGGAGCUGUGACAGCACAAGAUCUAGAUGCAGGAAACAGUCCGGUCAGGUAUUCCAUCGAUUGGAAGAGUGACCUGGACAGCUUCUUUGACAUCGAUCCUGUCAGAGGAACCAUCUCGACCAAUGAGCUUCUGGACAGGGAGAGUAUAGCCCAGCACAACAUUUCUGUUGUGGCCACUAAAGUUAAUAACCCAGUGCUGACCAGUAAAGUGGCCGUCACAGUUCACGUGUUGGACAUUAAUGAGUUUCCUCCAGAGCUGACCAUGCCUUACGAGACCUUCGUGUGUGAGAACGCCAAAGCCGGUCAGGUGAUUCAGGUCAUCGGUGCAAAAGAUCAGGAUCUCCCUCAAACCGGACAACGAUUUUCCUUCAAAUCUCCUCAAGAGGGAGUGAAGACCAAGAACUUUACCAUCAGAGACUUCGGGAAUAACACAGCGGGAGUUGUAACCCUGCGCAGCGGCUUCAGGCGUCGCGUUCAGGAGAUCUAUCAUCUGCCGGUGGUCAUUGAAGAUGGGGGUCUCCAGACAUUAAGCAGCACCAGCACCCUCACCAUCCGCGUAUGCGGCUGCGACGCAGACGGAUCCUUAUUGACGUGCAACGCUGAAGCUCUUUUCCUCCCCGUGGGUCUCAGUACAGGAGCUCUGAUCGCCAUUCUAGUGUGCAUCAUCAUACUGCUGGUGAUCGUGGUGCUUUACGUGGGGGUGCGGCGACAGAAGAAGAAAGAGACCCUUAUGACGUCCAAAGAGGACAUCCGCGACAACGUCAUCCAUUACGACGACGAGGGCGGAGGAGAAGAGGACACGCACGCCUUUGACAUGGGAACUCUUCGCAACCCGAAAGUUAUCAAGGAAAACCUGUUUCGCCGAGACGUUAAGCCCGAGUUGGGCUCGGGUCCGAGCCGGCCAAUAGCCUCGCAGAACAGCGCUGACAUUAGCAACUUUAUCAGUCAGAGACUACAGGAACACGACGGCGACACGUCAGCCCCGCCCUACGACUCGCUGGCCACGUACGCCUACGAGGGCGAGGGCUCGGUGGCCGAGAGCUUAAGCUCUAUAGAAUCUGUCAAAGGUGAACCGGAGGUGGACUUCGAUUACCUCAAUGAGUGGGGACCUCGCUUUAAAACCCUCGCAGGGAUAUUCGAAGAAAGAUCAGAGAGCCAAUCAGACGUAACAUCCACGACCACCACUGAAAACAAACACUGAUGAUGAUUUUCUUUUUUUUUACAUUGGCUUUGGAAUAAAUGUAGAUGUGAAUUUGUAUUUAACCUCAACAUUUUUUUACUUUUGACUUUUUGUUUGCCUUGAUUUGAUAUUAGAAAGAGGACAAAGGAAGCCAGAUUCAAAUACAGCCUUUGGUAUUAUCUGCAAAUGAACGUCUUGAGUUUUUGGUCCUAUUUAUUCAGCUUUGCUUUUUGAAAGAAAGUACCACAUAGAAGAUGCAACAUUUUUCGGACAUCCUUAAAAGUGCCUCAGUGGAGUUGGUUUAUUAUUCUUUUGUUCAUGGUUUAGUUUUGUUGUGUCACUCUUUUUAAGGAUGACUGGUGUCGCUCUAGCCGACGGUGACGUGGAAAACGCUCUAAGAAGGAAACGUCUACAUGGGCCUAGUUUGGCCAAAGAUAUUUUUCGAUUGUUAUUUAUGAUUCUAUUUAUUUAUUUGUGAGGCUUUUGAGACAGUUUGUACUGUUUUGUUAUGUAUUUAUCUAUUUAUCAUGAUUUCAGAUCGAAUAUGGAGUUCUUAUUUUUUGAAGACACAAGGAAUUUACUCAUUAUUUGUUCUUCGGAAGGACGUGGACAUUACGGCCCCCGGAGGAAAUUGUAUAGACUUGUACUUGUAAAAAAUCAUUUUAGGGCUAAACAUGAGCAAUUACAGUUGAGUCCUGUAAUAAACUGUUUUCUUAAAUAAACGCCACUUGGAAACACGCGCUUUGGGUUUGUGAAGAAGCUAAAGGCAGUUUUUUGGCUUUAGUGUUAACAAUGCA